CCCGCACCCACACACCCACCCACAUCCACGUUUUCCCAUCCUUCCAUCACCUUUGAAGUUUGUUCCGAGUCAACCCAUGACAAACACUCGUCAGCGAGCUUCGACGCUCCUCCCAUUGACAUACCAUCAGGUCUAACGUCUCCGACCUCUCUCACAACAUGAAUUCAGCCAUACCUGCAUGACGCGUGCUACGAUCAAAGACACUAAAUCAGACCUUCCUUCCUGUGACCUUUUCUGUCCCCGCCGCUCGUGCCGACAUCCUCCAUCUCAGCAGGAAUCACUCCAUCUUUGCUGACCUUACGACAGCACACCUUUUCGCCGUUGUCGCCAUUCAGUAAUACAUAUCUACUACCUCAUAUUCAACAAUUCACUCCGCUUACAGAGAGGACGACGGUUCACCUCUGCCCGACAUCAGAUCACCUUUUGUUUACACAGUGCCAAUUCCAUAUCGGUGCCCUCCUAGCCUCCAUCCCCACUACAAUCAUCCCCUUCAUGCCGACGCGCAAAUGCAUACAUGCUUGAACAUCAUACUGGCUCGCCUCCGUCCAAGGACAUUGGCACAUCCAUUUACUGCGCAUCCUUCACAUAAUACUCAAUCCUCCUGCCUGUGACGGGCCUCUUCUUUCCCCUUCCGGAUUCUUGAACGGCAUUGCUUACCCGUCUCACAACAAUGAAUCAAUCUGAGCGAGAAGAGACCAGAAAUGCUACGGCCUCCCGCUCGCGCGCUCAGAACAUACAGCGGAGAACUAGUCACCAUGCUUCUCCACAUGACCGACAUGGCAUGGUCUUUGACCUGGCCUCCCAUUCCACAAUUCGCGCUGUCACCCCGGAAUCUCAGUCCUUCAUAAUGUCAGGCUCCUUCGCCGACUCCGUCGACUCUACACUACUUCACUCACCUGCUUCUCAGUCCUCGCGCAAGAACGGAUCUCAACGGAGGAGGGAGAAGUCGACCUCCGUCUCCAAUACUGAUGAGGAGGGCACCAUUGAAAGGAGGAGAAGGAGGACUCAGUCAAGGGCAAACACAUCCGACGACCUACCCCUCGACACCUCUCCUGGAUCCUUCAUCACAAAGACUCGCAAACGCCUAGGCUCUAUUACCACCACUGGGAAUCUAUUACAACGGGACCCUGACUCCCACGGCUCAAUUGGCUUUCCCUCGGUCGUUCAAAGUCCCGAUCUUCAGGACCAGCGCGAUCCUCGAGACCCUCCUCGGACCCCCCGCCGCCCUUUUUCUCCCGAGAAUGGAAUUGCUGCCCCCACCAGCAGCAUCCGAUCCCCCAGACUCUUGGACAUUGACUCUGCCAAAAUUCUACAUCUGAUGAAAACCACUUGUGGCCGCAUGCAUGGCAUCCUAUUUUUCAGACAGCUACACACCACUGCAUGGGAAUCCGGUUAUUGUGCUAUCAAUGUAGCCCCUGGUAGUUUGGUUUGUCAAACCAAGGGUGAGGUAUCACAGUCCAAGACAUUGAUUUCCGACCUUCGUGGUUGCACAGUCCGAACACAUUACGACCACGAUUCUCAGAGCACGUAUCUGAGUGUCUUGAUAGCAUCUUCUGGAAGCGGCUAUCAACUCCGACCUCCCGUUCCCGAAACAUUUGACUCAUGGCUGGCAGCCCUUCUGUGCUGGCAACCCCUCCGCCCCAAGGGAGUUCACAUCAAGUCCGCCAAGCCUCAACCAGUCUCCAUGCCACAUCCUGUACCUGCCUAUGACAAAAAGGCAGUCUCUCAAAGACGCGUCUCCGAUAUCUCCAAUGUCAAGUCUGCUGCCAUCAUCAAGGUCGGCAAGUUGAUGCUAUGGGAUGGCCCACUUCCUUCCGGCUCGCAGCUGGGCACAUACUCUCGCGGUGUCUUCCGCUCUACACGGCCUGAACUUCUCCUCUGGCGCAAAGCUAGCUGCACCUUGCACGACAAUGGACUCUUUCGCUUGUUGGACCAGCUCGAUGCCCGCGUCAUUUUUUCUAUACAGUUGUCACACCUCUCCCGGUGUGCUGUGCAGAGGCUUGACCAGAGCGUCUUGCAGAUGCCUCAUUGUAUUGCGAUUUAUCCCCAUCAUACCAUUCACUCACAGACCCUUCCAUUCUCACGACCUGUGGUGCUUUGUCUGGAGACCAGCAUUGCUUUUCAAGCAUGGUUUGUGCUUCUUCGGGCCUUCACCCAACCGGAACUAUAUGGUUCGCAGCAUCAAUUGGCUGACACUGAACAAGCCGGUCGUGACGACGGACCCGCCCCGGACUCUCAACCCUGGGCUUCCGAGCUGUUUCGAAUGGAGCGUACUCUGAGCCUCAAAAUCACAGAGGCGAAAUUCGGACAGAAAAUUUCUUCCAGAGAACUCUCGGAGCAGACAAAAUCAAAAGGUCGCGUGUCCAAACAGGAACGCGGCAAGGAGAGCGUCUACGCCGAAGUCAUGCUGGGCAAGGAUUUGCGCGCUCGUACAUCGCCUCAACUGAGCGUCGACAAAGCGUUUUGGGCUGAAGAAUUUGUCCUCGAAGAUAUUUCCACAACCCUUUCCAAUAUCUGCAUCGCAGUCAAGGUCGCCAAUCCUGCGGAGAAAGAGUGGACCAUGGUUGCUGACGGCCUCUACGACAUCUCCACGGAUACAGGCUAUCUCUCUGGUCUAGGCGGACUCGAGAUAUCGUCGCAUGACCCGAUCUUUGGCCGCGUCGACCUUUCUGUGGAUGAGCUAGAGAGUCAAGGUACUCUUGACAAGUGGUUCGUGUUACUCGACAACAACGAACACCAUGUCGGACAGAUCUUGAUCCGCUUCACCCUUCACGAGUCUGUGAUCUUGAUGGAGCACGAGUACCGAAACUUAUCUAGCAUGCUCCAAAAUUUCUCCAAUGGCUUGACCACGCAGAUUACAGGAUUCUUGGCCAUGGAUUUGCGCCAAGUCUCGGAUAUUUUGUUGGAUAUCUUUCAGGCUUCAGGCACGGUUCUCGAAUGGCUAAGUCAUCUAGUGGAAGAGGAGAUUGACGGCACCUAUAAAGAGGUCCCAACAACGAGGAUGAGGUUCAGCAAUCGAAUCCAGUCAAAUGAUUCCUACGAGUCAGCUGAGCAGCGUGAGAUGUUUGUGCGAGACCUCAGUCGUUCGGCUACGAUGGAGGCCAAUCUCCUUUUCAGGGGCAAUUCGCUGGUUACAAAAGCACUUGAUGCCCAUAUGCGUCGGCUGGGCAAGUCGUACCUUGAAGACGUUCUGGGCGAGAAACUAAGGACGAUAAUGGAGCGCGAUCCUGAUUGUGAAGUGGAUCCGAACCGUGUCCGCUCACAGGAGCAGUUGGACAAGAAUUGGGCUAAUCUCAACUACCUGACCAGCACUGUGUGGAAGGCGAUAGCCGUCUCAGCGUCUCUUUGUCCUGUCGAGCUUCGUCUCAUCUUCCGCCAUAUCCGAUCGUGCGCCGAAGACCGGUAUGGAUCUUUUAUCCGGACUGUCAAAUACACCAGUGUCUCUGGGUUUUUGUUUCUCCGCUUCUUCUGUCCUGCCAUCCUCAACCCUAAAUUGUUUGGCCUUAUACACGACUUUCCUCCAGAGCGGACGAAACGGACAUUCACAUUGAUUGCGAAGAGCCUCAAUGUUCUAGCCAACAUGGCCAAAUUUGGUACAAAGGAACCCUGGAUGGCGCCCAUGAAUAAAUUUCUGAGCACUUCGUCACUGGAUUUCAAGGCCUUUAUUGACGAGAUUUGCGCCGUCAGCUCUUCUCAAAUGGUCGCAACCCAGCUUGAGCCCCAGUUUGCUGCACCGAACCAAAUACGAAGCCGUCUCCCUCCUUUGUCGAGAGAAGGACUACCCAGCUUACCCUUUCUUUUGGAUCGCGCCAAGCUUUUGGCGCAGCUUGUCGACUUCUGGGUCUCACAUGCUCCAGAAAAUACGAGUGAGAUUGUCACCGACGAGAUCAUGGUGGCCUUUCACACGACCUGUGCAAAGCUGAGCCAAAAGAGCCGGGCUUGUCUAAGGGCCGCGGAGCAAGCAGAGCGACCCGCCGACCCGGCGGACCCCACCUGGCAGCGAGGUCUCGGGGAGCAACCCAGGAACAUGGUGAACAGUCCAUUCGAGGAUUCACUCGUCCGACCCAGCGCCGACAAUGAGAUUACGGCACUACCACAGACGAUGGACACACUUGCGGAGAUGGCUUAUAAAGCUUCCGAGGCGUCACCUGUUGUCGGUGAGGGUGACACAACUCCAUCGAGCUCAGCUUCAGCAGCGUGGGACAGAAAGAUCCCCUUCCCCCAGCGUGGCCCAGAGGCACGUGCGAUGACGAAUUCGACCAACUCAUCGACAUUGUCACUGGAUGCCGCGGAGGAUGCCAGAGCAAGGCCACUGCCAAGCAGCAGGGAUGGUCCGAGCAAAAAUCGACUUUUCGAUCUGAUGGGCUCGUCUGGGCGCAGGAAAGGCAAAGGAGGGGAGCGAAAUCAUGCAGAGGAUGACGGGCAAUAGUUGAUGACUUCACGAAGCCGUAAUGAUGAACCUCCUUGACUCCAAUCCAAUGUCUCGGGCCGACGUAGGAGAGGAAGACGGGUUGAGCCAUAGGAGGUGUGAUGUGAGAAGCAUGGGAUGAUCUUGUUGAAAAAAUCGAUGAAGAUCUAGGAUUUGGCGAUGACUCUCUAUAAUUAGACCCAACAAGAAGUCGGGGAAUUGAUACCAAGGACUGAGCAGCGAACCGCCCAGCCAGACCAUUGAACCUAAAUCCCUCUAUGCGCUAGAGUUGUACGGCUCAAAGAAC